AUGCGGUGCUCUGCGGCAGCUCUCUCGGUCUUGGCAGCAGCGACGUCUGUCGUUGCGCAACCCCCAAGCCCGGGGAAGGAUGGAAGAUACACCAUAUCCUCGUCGGAGAUAACAGCGCAGUUUAUUCCGUACGGGGCCACGCUCACAAACCUCUUUGUCAAGGACAAGAACGGAGAAGAUGUCGAUGUUGUGCUCGGAUACGACGACAGCAACUACUAUCCCAAGGACCCAGGACAUCCCGUGUACAACAGCAUCCCCGGUCGUUAUGUUAACCGCAUCGGGAAGGGAAAGUACACGAUUGACAACACCACAUAUACCACCGAGCUAAACGACGGGACCAACACGCUUCAUAGCGGUGCCAAUAACUGGUCCUACCGCGUAUGGAACGUGACUGAUUCUACAGAGGACUCCAUCACCUUCGCUAUCCGGGACGCGUCCAACUCUUCUCUGGGGAUGCUAGGCCUAGUCAAAGGUCAGGUGACGUAUAGUGUCGAGGGCAGCACUUGGAGGAUCAAGAUGGAGGCGACAUCGCCAGAGGCUAGAACUCACAACGGCGAAGCUCUCAUGUUAACGCACCACACGUACUUCAACCUGGACGCCUUCAAGAACCCCGACACAGUCAAGAUCUGGAACCACACGCUGCACAUGCCGUACUCCAAGCGUUACCUGAUCGCCGACGACGGCGCUUUGCCGACAGGACAGAUCGGCACUGCAGCACCGAACAGCAUCAACGACUUCGCGAGCUCAGCGGGGCUGUUCCUCGGCCACGCGCAGAGCGACCCCAAGUUCUCCGGCAACUGCGGCGGCGGCGGCGCGUGCGAAGGGUACAACGGGUACUUCCUCAUCGACGAUGCGCCCGCGGAUGCCGUGGUCGUCAGCCUCGCGAGCUCCUUCUCGGGAAUCACGGCCGACCUGCGCACCGACCAGCACGGCGUCGUGCUCUACUCGUGCAACUGGAUGGACGGGACCGCCGACCUGAAGAAGACGCAGGGGACCAAGGAGAACCGCAAGGUGGUCAGGAGCUCCUGCGUUGCUAUCGAGGCCCAGGACUAUGUCGAUGGUAUCAACCAGUAA